AUGUCAACCCAGAGUCAGACAGCUCUCAUUCACAGAUUCAAUGGGAUUCCCUUUACAACUAGGUCAUCACCAGAUCUUCUAAAAUCCUUGGAUGCCUUUGAUGCUAGAGAAGAUGACAUCCUUUUGGUUUCCUAUCCAAAGUCUGGCACUCACUGGCUUGCACAAAUUAUAAUGCAGAUUUACACUCCCAAAGUCACCCUAACAUCACCUAUUGAGUUUGGAGACAUCUCCAGAGUGGAAGAACUGAACAAUCUUUCAUCCAAGAGAAUCAUCCCAACGCACUUGGACUACAACAUGUUACCGUCAAAUUUUAAGGUCAAACAAUGCAAGGCCUUCUACAUCAUCAGAAAUCCAAAAGAUACUGCAGUUUCCAUGUAUCACUACUACAGAGAUAACCCAAAUCUCCCCACCAUAGAUUCAUGGACUGUUUUCCUCGAGCUGUUCUUAAGGGGAGAUGUUGUCUGUGGAUCCUGGUUUGAUCAUUUCUUAAGCUGGGAAGAGCAUAAAAAUGACCGAAACAUCUUAUUUUUAUUCUAUGAAGACAUGAAGAAGGAUCUUCCUAAGGUUGUGAAGAAAAUGAGUGUAUUUCUGGGAGUAAACAUCAGUGACAGUGAAAUCAAAGAGAUUUGUGAGAAGUCGUCAUUCACUGAGAUGAAAAGCAACGUAGAAAAAGAAAACAGUGACACAAAUCACACCGUUUGUGCACUCACAUCCAAUAGGAAGCUGAUAUUCCGAAAAGGUGCUGUUGGUGACUGGAAAAACCACUUCACUCCAAAAGAAAACAAAAUGUUUGAGGAAAUGUUUAAUAAGAAGAUGAAAUUGAGCGAACUGGCCAAACAUAUCAUAUAUGAAUGCUGACAUCAAAUGAAGAGUGCUAGCCC